GACCCAAGCCCCUGGGGCUCCCCGGGAGGCCUGCUGCAGCAGCAAACCCCUUCAUUGGCUAUGCAGCAAUUCUUCCUUUUCUUUCAGAAGCACAAUUCCACCAUGUGCGGCGGCUGCAGCUGAAGGCCCUCAAGAAGGCCGGCAGGGGCCCCAGGGCCUCUGCUGCUGCUGCUGCUGCUGCUGCUCCCAGCAGCAGCAGCAGCAGUAGUAGCAGCAGCAGCAGCGGCAGACAGACCGGCGCUUGCCGGAGUGUGAAGACUAGCGCGGCAGUGGCGGCCAAGCCUGCAGCAGCAGCAGCAGCAGCAGCAGCAGCAGGCAGUGCAGCGACAGCAGCAGCAAGAAAGAAGGCGGGAGCCCACACAGGAGCAGCAGCGCCUGCAGCAGCAGCAAAGACAGCAGCAGCAACACCGAAAGCAGCCCCCGCAGUAAAAGCAUCGUCAGCAGCAGCAGCAGCAGCAGCAGCAGCAGCAGAUACGCGAGGAGGUGACGCCGGUUCUUCAGUGCCCGCCGUGGCAGCUUCAGCUCCUGCAGCUACAGCAGCAACAGCAGCAGCAGCUCCUGCUGCUGCUGCUGCUGGAAAGGCAGCAGCAGCAGCACAAGCAGCAGCAGCCAAACCUCCCGCCUGCCGCAGGGCCCCCGUAGUGGGCCCCGCGGGGCCCCCCGAGGGGCCCCUGGGGGCCCACAGACCUGGGGGGGCCCCCCAAAACCCCCUUGCUGCUAAAGCAGCAGCAGCUGCUGGGGCCCCCCAGGCUGCUGGGCGCCCCGGGGCCCCCGGGGGGGCCUCCGAAGGGGGGGCCCCCAAGGGGGGGGCCCCCAAAGGGGGGGCCCCCAAAGGGGGGGCCCCCCUUGAGCCCUGUGGUGAAGAGAAGUUGGCCGUAGAGGCAGCGCAGAGCUCACGUGUAGAGGCCCGCAAGCUUAAGCUAUUAGCGGCACAGCAGCAGCAGCAGCAGCAGCAGCAGCAGCAGGUGCAGGAACGGCAGAGGCAGCAACGCGGAAACGCCAACAGCAGCAGCAGCAGCAGCAACGGCAGAAGCAGAGCAGCAACCGCAGCAGCAGAGGCAGCAACACGAGGCAGCAACAACAGAACCAGCAGCAGCAGAAUCAGAGCACCAACAGCAGCAGAACCAGAGCAGCAACAGCAGCAGCAGAAGCAGCAACAGCAGCAGCAGCAGCAACAGAUGUAG